CUCUUUAAGCAAUAAAUUUUCCAAUCUAUUUAAGUUUCUAAUUUAAGCAACUAAUUUCAGGCCUAACCCCUCUCUCUUUUCUCUCUCCCCAUUUCAAUCAUGAACGGUGAAAAGAAGAAAAGAAAAAUGGAGGAAAGUACUGCUCAUGUUGCUCCCAGUGAAAACGAAGAUGAAGAUGAAGAUGAAGAAGCGAAGAUGGAGAAUUUCUUCGCAUUGAUUAAGAGCACCCGAGAAGUGCGGGAGCAGCUGGCCGGUACGUCGGAGAAGAAAGAAAAAGCCACCACCGCAGAUAAACCUCAAUCGACACCGUGGAAUCCGACAUUCAUGCUUGAAGAUUUCGUGGAGGCGCCGGCGCCGGUGGUGGAGAAGGAAGGCACUUCUAAGGAGGGAGAGAAACGCGAGAGUGGUGAGAAAAAAGGAUUGGAGUUGGACCUCAAUCUCUCUUUGUAGGGAGUAGAGUACUUAUUUUGCUUGCCCAUGUUCUCAAUGAAAGUUAUCUUUCUCCACUCA